CCUGAGUCAAAACAUCAAUGAAGGAAGGACAGAAAUGAUCGACUAAAUAACAGCUACAUAACUACUCUCACGGCGGACUUCUUUCAGUGUUACACCUUCCGCUUUUAGGGGGAAUUUGUCGACAUGGACCUCGCCUCUAAGGACUCUUACAUUCAGAAAUUGGCCAGUAAAGUGUUUUCACAGCGAGAGCAGGAGCCGAAGAAGAGAGCGUUUGUACAUUUUAAGGGUAAAAGUGACUCUGGUCCUCCAAAGAAAAAGAAAAAGUGCAAAAAGAAGCAUUUUAAAGAAAAGGUCGCUGAUGAGAAGACUCCCAAAUUUCCAAAGAAGUCUAAUCCCUCAACUCCAGCACAGAAAGGCCCAGAAUCGGCGAAACUCAAGGAAUCCAAACCCCAGAGUGUAAAUGGAUCUACAACAGUGCAACCUAAAGGAGGAAAGGUAGAGUCCAGCUUCUCCACAGUAGAUGUUCUUCGUAAAAGACUGCAUGAAAAGAUCGAAGAGUCCAGAGGACAGGGACCUCCAAAGGAUGCAUUAUCAGAGGCCGUCCAGGCAAAGCGAGCGAAGAGAAAACUGGAGCGUGAGCGUAAGAAGAGAAAGAGAAAAGAGUUCCGCAUGAAGAAACUUGCUGAAAAAAAUGGCCAAGAAGAGCAGCCGGAGAUAAAACAAGAAGCAGCUCAAACCCCGGCUUCAAGUAAAAGAGACCAGACUGCCAUCAUCUUCAACAAGGUGGAGACCGUUGAGGAGGGAUACAUGAGCAAAAUGCAGAAGAAGAAGUUAAAGAAGCAGAGCAUGAAGGGUCAGAUCACGCCGCUGACGGGGAAGAACUACAAGCAGCUGCUGAGCCGCGUGGAGGCUCGCAAAACGAAGCUGGAGCAGCUGCGGGAGAAAGACGAGGGGAAAGCCCGCGAGAUGGAGGAGAAGAUGAAAUGGACCAACAUGCUCUACAAGGCCGAGGGCAUCAAAAUCAAGGACGACGAGAACAUGCUGCGCACAGCGCUGAAGAAGAAGGAGAAGAGCCGGGCGCAGAGGAAGAAGGGCUGGGAGCAGCGCAGCCAGAACGUUCUGGAGAAGAUGCAGCAGCGGCAGGACAAGAGACGGAAGAACAUUCAGAAACGGAAACAGGUGAAGACAGAGAAGAAGAAGGACAAGGCGAGGAAGAAGGGCAGAGUGCUGCCUGAGGACUUGAAAAAAGCCACUGUUUAGAGGAAAGAGUGUGGGCUAUAAUUUUAAAACAACAGAAUAUACACGGUUUCUAAAUGAUGAAAAAAAAAACCUUAGCUUCUGUUGAGGACUGAUAUGAUGUUUGUUUUGAUCAAUAAAAUAUGAUCCUUCACUGA